GAGCCAACACAGGAGCUGAGAUGGGAGCGUGGAGGAAACAGGAGAAAUGACUGACAAGAUCAAUCUCACAUGAGGAUUUGGGGAAGGAGGCUUACUGCUAUUUCUGACCCGGCCUUGGAUUAACUGUCAAUGAUUUCUCUGUCUUUUGGGAUUAUUCCUGAGUUCCACACCAACGAUGGGCGCUAACAGAGACGGGAACAAACAUGAACCCUGAGACUCUCGAGGGGUCCAUCCAGAGCGUGCUGUCAGUGUUGUACCCUCCCUUCGAGUCAACUGCUCCCGUACUCCUGAGUCAGCUGUUCCAGGUGAUCGACAGUCGCUAUCAGGGUGACGCUCUGAAGUGUCUGCUGGACUUCCUGGUUCCAGCCAAGCAUAUUCUCGACACCGUCCAACAGGCUGCGUGUGCUCAGUACUCCAAUGUCCUCUUCGUCUGCGAGGGCUGGCCCCUCUGUCUACACGAUAAAGUCGUAGUCCAUCUUGCCUCCAUCAAACCGCUGUGUCUCCAGCCUGGUGAUUUCUACCUCCAGGUGGCGCCAUUCUGUGACCAAUCUGCCCGCAUCCUUGUCUGCAGCCUCCUGGAGGAGGAGGAGGAGGGUCCCUGCUCUGACUUGGUUGAGGAGACCCCAAUCCCAGAAACGUUGUACCCUUGUAUCUUCAGCCUUGACUGGUUAGUGGAGCUCAACCGGGGUCGCCAUGGGACGCCCCUUAGCCAGUGCCUCCUGUCCACAGAGCAGGGUGUGGUGAGAAUGCCAUGGGAACAAGUGGCUCUGCCACGUUUUUUGGAUGAACCAGAGUGUGCCCGGAGUAGCAUGGCAUCUGCCCAUUCUUCCUUCUCUGGACCGUCUCCGUCUGUUCCUCGCUUUUCCUCUCCAAGCUGUCUGUUUCUCAGUCCGUCGUCUUCUUCUGAGACCAGUCACAGUUCAUCCUCAAACCCGUCCGCUUUCUCUGUGCAGACAAGAAUCUGUCCGGCGAAGCACGGCAUCGCUGUCUCCCUCUAUCUUGUAGAGAAUAGCACCAAAGUCGCCAAGGAGACUGAGGCGGCGGCAAAGUCUGACUCUCAUAUGACUGGGACCUUUCCACACGCUUGGACAAGGUCAGACUCCGCCGCAAGCGCCAGUGAAAAUCCGAAAAAUACAGUAGCGACAGGCAGAAGGGAGCCAGCUGGACAGGUCCCCGCAGAAGGCGACUAUAUUGAUGUUCUGCAGGCAGCUUUGCUUUUCGGGGGAGCUGACACAGUAGCUGAGGGACAGCAGAGAUCCAGUGUUGCGCUUAGGCACCAAAUGGAAAGGCAAACACAAAGGCAUCAGCACGCACAGAUGGAGCCCUCACACAGACAAGCCCCUCCCCUGUCACCCUGUCAAUCACGAUUACCUUCCACACCUCAUAUGCACAUUCGCCACUCGGAACCGUCUGCCCGGCCCGAUGUGUGCGUGGAAGCGGGGCCGCCAUUUCCUCUCCAUCAUUCCUAUCCCCAUCAUGCUGAGCGUGUGGAAGCCCCACAGUGUGUCAGAGCGGUCCGCUUCUUAGAGACGCCCUGCACCCCGUGCAUGAAGAGGAGACAGGGGGCAAAGGUCACCAAAGCACAGGAGCUGAGGUGCCGAUAUAGAGACUCCUACCAGGCCGCCCUUCAAAACCCCGUCAACAUAGGGCGGAACAAUGAGAGAGACAUGACGACUGUUGUGGAAGAGGACCCAACGUUCCUGCAGUGUGGUCCCAGAAAACCACAGAGCGAAUCAGAGGACGCACCGUGUCAGGCUGGAAGGGUUUGGCCUGAUUUUGGGGCGCAUAAACAAACACCCUCAGUCAAUGGAUUCAUCUGUCAAGAGUCCGGCGAGCAGACUGCUGCUCCAUGUUGGAAGCCAGAAGACAUGACAUGUAUGGAUCACGGCAACAAUAGUGCCUUGAAACGUGAGGGUCAAAGAGAGUUCACGCACCAAACCUCUACUGGGCCCCUUAGGGAGCCUCCGCCUGAUCAUUAUGACCAAUCGAAUGGUCACUGUAAACAUGUGGCCAGUUUAGCAGCGCCACAGGGAAACCGUGGUUUUGCUGUCUCCAGCAGUGCUGCACAGCCAGAUUUGAUCCUCACACCACAGAAUAGAUCGACCGCUUUGGGAAGAAGCACCAGUGCUCCCGAGCCCCAAGAAGGUCCACACGCACAAACCAGUUCAACUGGAGUGACCGCCGACUUUUCUCAACCGCAGAGCAGACGGGAGUCUGUGCCAGACGGCAGGUGCUCGUCUCUCUCCACCGCUGUGGUAGAAACCUCAGAGAAGUGUGAACUGGUCAUUGUGGAGGGUCGAAAUGUCAGGAGACGGGAAACUGCCGACUCCUGUGCGGAGAUUCCGCAGCUGCAUGUGGUCAAAUUUAAAAAAAGCACGGCCUUCAGGCUGGUUUCACCCAAGAUCAGCAGAAAGAAAGUCCCUCUUGCAGACGAUUCUAAAGCAGACAAAGUGGACCCACCGGGAUGUCAGUCGCUUCUGGGACCGGCUCGAGUCGCCGACAUGCAGGGGAACCUCCAAGCUUCCACUGCACGCCCCAGGCCCAAUCACCUUCCCCUGGGCUCACCGGACCCCAGAACCCACCCGCUCUAUCUGGGAGUGGCUACUUUAACUGGUGGACGAGACAAGACGGGUAGAGCUAUUGUGGAGAUUUAUGGGGACCACCCAGGGUGGAGGUCAAAUAUAACCAGUCAGGAACUCCAGCACACGCUGCUCUACUUCUACACCAUCACGAGGAGAGAAGUCCGAGUGUCUGGAAUGACACUCCUUUUUGAUGCGAGGAAGAUGAACCCACUUCCACAGUUCUAUAAAGCUCUGAUGUCACUACAGGAGCAAAAUCCUCAAGCCGUCAAUAGUUUGGUUCUCAUGGUGGACAAAGGAAACCGCUUCAGACCUGAGACCUGCCCCGGCAUCCAGACUGAUGUCGUGACCUCACUGAAGUCUUUGGUGAAGAUCGUGGAGGAGAGUCAGCGAAGCUCUCGCCUGGAGGGAACCCUCUCUCCGAGCUACUGUGACUGGACCGAGCUGCACCAGAAACUCUUCCCGUUUGUGUGCGACCUCCAUGAAGCCUCAGGUCUGCUGCUGAGAGCCAUCAGGAAGUUGGAAGAGCCUCACUGUGUGGACUCGGUGCAGUCAGUGAAGCAGUGCAUGCUGAACCAGAGGACUCUCAUGAAGGAUGUUCUGGAAGACAGUCGACUGGUGGGCCUGCAGAGAGAGGGCGGGGCCAUCCUGGCUCGACUGAGGAAGGAAAGUGACUUCAAAUACCCCGACUGUGAGAACCUCAGCGAUGCAGUGGACUCGCUGACAAGCUUGUACAACUUCGUGGAGGAGCAGGUUCAUGUUGUCGUUCAGAAGUCCAAUGAAUCCUUGGAGCAUCUCCAGUAUCUCCAGCAAAUUCGAGAGAUGGAGGGACACUUCACCCAGAUGCAGCAGUGGUUUCAAGUGGAAGGUGAGCACCACCUGCUGGAGGCCCAGUCUGUGGAGGAAUCUGGAGAGCAGCUGGAGCAGAUCCUCAAUAGCUUCACUGCUUUCCUUAUUGAAGCAAAUGAUCGCCGCCAUCAUGCCAUGACUCUAGCCUCUGAGGCCGAGCGACUCCAGCAGGCCGGGCUGGAGUACCCAGAGACCGAGGCCUUCAGGACGCUUGUCUCCUCCUUCAGGUCUGGACUGGAGGACUUCCUGUGCAGGGCCGAGGCUUGUGGCCGGGAGCUGCAGAUCAUGGUCAACGUGUGCGACUUUUGUGACCAGGCUUCUGCUCUGGCUCAAGAAUGCUGUGACUACCUGGAACAUUGUCCAUCGAGGGGGCCCAACACACAGGACUGUAGUUGCCAUCAAACCAGGACCUCCCUGCAGGACCAGGUUUCUCUGGCUGGUUCUGAAGGCCAGGCUGCUUGUACAGCUGAUGUUUCUGGACCAGACAGUCACAACUCCGUUCUCCAGUCGUACCUGAACAAGUUCCUUCAGUUCAGUGCAGAAAGGUUUCAGGAAGUCAAGACUCAGGCCAGUGCCCUGCGUGGCUCCAGGGGGAUGCAGGUUUGGAACUCAGCCUGGCUGCGCUGCCAGGAGGCCCAGCAGCUGCUCCAGGAGAGGGUCCAGGAGGAAGACUACCACAGAAGGUCGAAGUCCAGCAACUGCUGCGAGCGUCAUUAUCUGGAUGUGGUGAGCACCAAUGCGCAGACGGCGACACCUGCUGGCCAGAGUGCGGUGGUGCAGUCAACUCCAGGACCUCAGCAUCCUCAGUGGGAAGGCUUAGUAUCCGGAGCUGUGGAUUUAAACAGAAGACCCCUUAUUGAAGACAGUGGCCCAAACGUGUCCUCAAGAGCUGACAGCAACAAUACACCUGCAGAACUCAACCAUACUGGAGGAAAUGAGGGAUCAAACGCCACUCCACCGACCCCUCACAGGUCGUCGAGAGGAGCAGACAGGGAGGCUCGGAGGAGACAAGCGAUCCGAGCCCGAAGUGAAAGAGACGCCGCCGCCCUCUCGCAGUCGCACACGGUCGGCUGUCAGUGGUUUCCCUGGAGUCGCGGCCUGAAAGCCAGAACUGCGAGCCAGGACCCGGCUCCCACCGAAGCAGCGGCACCAGCCACGCCUCCGGAGGAGCGAGUGCGGUCUCCGUCGUCCUGUUCGCAGCACGGUCCGCCUUCCAGUCGGGUCCUGCAGGAGGCGCAGAAGUUCCAACUCUCCCGCCACGGCAGCUUCUGUUCCGAGGACUCCUGCGUGAGUGACCAAGGCGCUGCAGGCGGAAACUCCGCUGUGCUCUGCAAACACUCCAGUCUGCCGGCUGGGCGGUACGAAGGCGUGUUCGGUGUGACGGGUCCUCAGGAGGGCGCCAGCACUGCCCUGCGGCUGCAGAGGGUUUUGGAGGAGCUGGUGUUCACGGAGAGAGAGUACGUGCGCUCGCUCGGCUACAUCCUCACCCACUACCUCCCCCUGCUGGACAGUCCAGACGUCCCUCAGGACCUGCGCGGCAAGAGGGGAAUCAUUUUCGGAAACUUGGAGAAACUGCACGACUUCCACAGUCGAUACUUCCUCCCCGAGCUGGAGGCCUGCCAGCGGGAGCCUGUCAUCGUGGCCCGCUGCUUCCUCAGACACAGUGAGAGUUUCGGCCUGUACGCUCUCUACAGCAAGAACAAGCCUCGCUCCGAUGCCUUGAUACUUCACCGUCGCCAUGACGUCUUCAAGAAGAAGCAGCAGGAGCUGGGUGACCUGAUGGACCUCUCCUCGUACCUCCUGAGGCCCAUCCAGAGGAUCAGCAAGUACAGCCUGCUCCUGCAGGACAUGCUGGCGCUGGUCAGCUCCCGCCGACACAAAAGCCACCUGCCAGACUUGGGCUCCAGGUCCAGCGUGUCCGGGUUGGUCCCCGACUUGACGCAGGAGAUCCACGACGCUGCCGAGCUGGUCCGCUUUCAGAUGCGUCAUGGCAACGACCUGCUCACCAUGGACGCCAUCCAGGACUGUGACGUGAAUUUAAAGGAGCAGGGGCAGCUGAUUCGCCAGGAUGAAUUCACAGUUCUCUUCAGGAAGAAGAAGUGCGUGCGCCGGAUCUUCCUCUUCGAGCAUCUCAUCCUCUUCAGCAAAACCAAGAAGACCGACGUGGGAAACGACGUCUACGUCUACAAGCAGUCCUUCAAGACCUGUGACAUUGGGAUGACCCACAACUCCGCCGUGGGCAGCCUUUGCUUCGAGAUCUGGUUCCGCCGGCGGAAGAGCCAGGACACGUACACUUUGAAGGCUCCCAGCAUGGAGAUGAAGAAGGCCUGGACCGCCGAUCUGGAGCGGAUACUGUGGGACCAGGCGGCUCACAGCAGAGAGCUGCGCAUGCAGGAGAGAGUCUUCAUGGGCAUGUGCCGCAAACCUUUCAUGGACAUUCACCCGAGCGAGGCGGCCAUCCGUGACCGGGCCAUCGCUGGAGUCCAGCCUGGGAGAAUCCCUGUGGCGUGUUGUUCACACAGGAGUGUAGAAUUUCCACGGCCGCACUCCAUCGGCUCCGGCAGCACGGCCUCCACCACCAUCAGCCAGUCCUCCUCCUCCUCUGGCCGCGGCUCGCUGCCGCCCGCCUCUUACGCCGGAGCUCAGCUGCUCGGAGCGGACGCCGGCCCGGCCGUCUUUUCCUCCCCUGAGCCUGCGACGGACAACGAACUCAACCAUCUGCAUCAGCACCUUCAUCAUGACUGCGAUCGAUGGAAAAACACUCGGCGCCCUCAAGUGUUGGACACCAGUGACUCCUCAGCUGAGUGCAGCCAGUUCAACCCCUCGGACGGCAGCGUCCUGUCAGCUCUGGGCGGAGACGUGACAGACUCAUCCUUCGCCUCCCGGAACUGCAGGUCUUGUACACCACUGUCCCGCACACCGAGCCUCAGGAUCAACGGGUCACCAGCCGUCACGAGGAAGAGAGCCGUCGCCCCCACACCUCCACCGCUCACUGCAACUCAGAGCGAUCUGAUCGGCAAGUCCACCGAAGUUUAGAUGCCAAGGGUGAACGGUUUAUAUGAUAGCAGUUAAAUCUGACUUGAGCUGUCAGCACUCAUGUUAUCGCCGUACACUGCUGACAUUCCUUCAGACAGAGGUCAUCUGAGGUCGCCCCACUCAUGGCUGCUUCGACCCACAGUUUUGGGAAACACACAGGUGUCAGCUUUGACGGCUCACGAGGCUGUGUGUGUUGUUUGAGGUGUGCUCUGUGUGUGUGUGUGUUUUAAGCUUUUCUGUCCUUGUGAGGACCAAUUUCCAAACCCCACAAGGUGAAGCCUCAAAUGGAGGUCGAAGACUUCUAAGCAACAAGGUCAUUUUAGUAGGUGUGUGUUCAUGUGGUCGUCUGUAGCGGCGAGAAAAAGUGAAACUAUGAGCUGUAAAAACAUCUGCUGUAAAUAUUCAACACCUUGACUGAUGCAGGAAGCAAUGAAUGAGAAUUGAAGAUCAAAUAGAGCCGUUGAGAGAGUUUGGCUCGAUGUUUGGUGCCACUGUUUCUUAUUGAUCUUUGAAAUGUUUGAAUGUUUGCAUUAUUUAUGACACUUUUAUUGGAACUUUAUUGAACUCUGUUUCGCCACGCAUGUGAGACGGAAGAGGAUUUCUGAUCAGGGAGAGACCACUCGGGUGGUGAGGGUCCACUUGUUGUAUUGAAACGUUGUUGGAAAAAUAUAACUAU